CUGUGGAAAGAUGCGCUCAGCGAAGAGCGGAGGCUCUUCUUUAUCCCGGACGGCUCCCUGCGGCACCAGAGGUUCCGCGACCCCGCAACAGACCCCGCGUGGCCGCCGCUGCGUCCGUGAGACCCCCCGCAGCCCCACCGCAGCGUGGACCCCAGACAUGUCCGCGGUAUAACGAGGCGAGGACGACUUUCCCCGGCGGUUUCGGCUCGAGAGCUCCAGUAUGUCCAAGCGGCGCUUGUCGGAGAGGGGGGCUGGAGAGACCUCAGGCAGGGCCAGUAAGCUGCAAUGUCCUGGAAUAUCCGGAAACAACGCCAAGCGAGCCGGGCCCUUCAUCCUCGGGCCUCGCCUGGGCAAUUCACCCGUGCCCAGCAUAGUGCAGUGUCUGGCCAGAAAGGACGGCACCGAUGACUUCUAUCAGCUCAAAAUCCUGACGCUGGAGGAGCGAGUGGACUCUGCAGGCGAGACUCAGGAGGAGAGGCAGGGGAAGAUGCUGCUGCACACAGAGUACUCGCUGCUGUCUCUACUGCACAACCAGGAUGGGGUUGUCCACCACCACGGCCUCUUCCAGGAUCGAGCCUACGAAAUAGUGGAAGACAUGGAGGCCAACAAAGUGCGCAAGAUGAAGAAGCGGAUCUGCCUCGUGCUGGACUGCCUAUGUGCACAUGACUUCAGUGACAAAACAGCCGAUCUAAUAAACCUCCAGCAUUACGUCAUAAAGGAGAAGCGGCUGAGCGAGCGCGAGGCCAUCGUCAUCUUCUACGAUGUGGUGCGUGUGGUGGAGGCUCUUCAUAAGAAAAACAUUGUGCACAGAGACCUCAAGCUGGGAAACAUGGUGCUGAACAAACGGACUCACAGAAUCACUAUUACCAACUUCUGCCUGGGAAAACACCUGGUGAGCGAGGACGACCUGCUCAAAGACCAGAGAGGAAGUCCAGCCUACAUUAGCCCUGAUGUAUUAAGUGGUCGACCAUACCGUGGGAAACCCAGUGACAUGUGGGCUCUUGGUGUCGUUCUCUUCACCAUGCUGUAUGGCCAGUUCCCUUUUUAUGACAGCAUACCUCAAGAGCUUUUCCGCAAGAUCAAGGCUGCAGAGUACUCCAUCCCAGAGGACGGUCGUGUGUCGGAGAACACGGUGUGCCUGAUCCGAAAGCUGCUGGUGCUGGACCCUCAGCAGAGGCUGACUGCAGGAGAAGUGCUGGAGUCGCUCAGUGGCAUCAUCGCCUCGUGGCAAUCGGUUUCAUCAUUGAGUGGCCCUCUGCAGGUGGUGCCGGAUAUCGAUGACCAGAUGAAUCACCCAGAGCAUCUGCAAGAGGCCAAGGUGAUCGAGGAGUCUUCACAGUAUGAGUUUGAGAACUACAUGCGCCAGCAGCUGCUGUUGGCUGAAGAGAAGAACACUAUCCAUGAGGCCAAGAGCUUUCUCACCAAGCGCCAGUUUGGCAGCAUUCCACCUGUAAGGCGUCUGGGCCACGAUGCACAACCUGUCAGCCCGCUAGAUGCUGCCAUCCUGGCACAACGUUUCCUCCGGAAAUAGCCUCCAACCACCCAUCCAAGCCGCUCUGCUCUCCCCAGGGAGUAAAGAGACCAGUGGAGUCCAGAGAGGGCAGAAGAGGUUGAGCCCCAAGGCUGAACUUGCAUACGUAGGGGCCUUUCCCUAACCAGGGUACAGACGCCCCAAUUCGUAGGUGGGCUUUGGGCAAGCUAGGCGGAGCAGUCAUGAGGAAGGGACUCGAACAAACUCCCAAAUCCAGAACUUCACUCCUCAUGUCUGGAUCCUCCAGUGAAACAUGGAAAGGCGUGGAGGAAGAGCUGAACCAAAGGUUCUUAGCCCUCAGGUGACCCACAGUCAGAUCACACUGUGCAAUAAACCUGAUGGCAGAGUCACACAUGGGGAAUAACACAAGGCUCGGCCCUGAGUGUUGAAGAGACGUUUUAAUCCUAAACUCCUCCUCCUCCUCCUCCAUGAUCCCCCGUACUGUAACACUUUACCUGUCAACUCUGGAUCUCCUGAGCAAUACAGGACCAGAAUCAUGUAGCAACCCUCUCUCUUCCCAGUGGUUAAUGGUAUUGCCUCAAGUAAGAUCACCUGAUCACAGCAGUCACCUCUCUUUACCUCCAUUCCACCCUCCUCCUCUCCCUCCCUCCACUUCCUCUCUCCUGUCGUCCUGUAUCGAACAUGAUCCAGACUCCUCUUGUUUGUAAAUCUGACUUCAAAUCAAUCUACCUCUCUGUCUCUGUUCUCUGUUGGUAAACCAUGCUCACUGUUCUGAGACAAGGGAUUGUAACAAUGGAGUCUUGAUGCCACCAGUGACAUAAAGCAUUAAUGUUUUCUGUCAGAGUGACGAUGCUCUGAUACCUUUUUUCAGUGGUCUUGAAAAAUCUGAAUAAGCUUUUUAUCAUAUUAACCAUAACGAGUAGCAUUUUGAUCCCUAACCUUAGCUUUGAAGAUACUGAAUAUCAAAGACACAAAGAUUCUUUGGUAUACACAGGUAUUCUCCUGCUUUCUGCUCACCCCUGUGGAAAUCUAUUUUUAGCAUCUAGGCAGCUAGUGUGAGGUACCUGGAAGUCACAAUGCCAAGAACUGAAUGAGAACAACUGUUGGAUCCUCCCUGCCGAGGCAUAGUAAUGGUAACGCUUCCUCAGUGCCAUUAUAGUGAAGACAAGGCACUGUCAUGUUUCUGUUGCCAAAAAAAACAACCCGUCUUAAAAUCCCUCUUAGCCAAGGACCCUGGUACCCACAGCCUCAUUCAGAAUCAAAUGGCUUCCAGGGAUUGGACUUCCCUGUUUCUCUUCACCGAGACAACAUCUUGGGACAAGUGUUUUUCAGUAUGAAUGUGAACCGUCAUUCUACGCUUCGAUGUAUCUGCAGUAUCCAUGAGUGUGUACGUGUUUGUGUUGUUAGUUUAUUUUUUUUUGGGCCAGGCGUAAGAAGAGUCUGUGGAGCUGUUAACCUCCGACAGCCUCAGGCCCUUUAAGCUCUACUCCAAGCUUUUAGCUUUUCAGUUAUCUGGCCUGCCUCAGCGGCGGACACUGUGAAAACCAGAGCAGGCCUCGCCAGGACGGGACCUGACUCAAAUGUUUAGUUCUGAUCAUGAAUGAAUCAUGUCACAUAUCUAUUGCCACUCUCAAAGCCCUCUCUCUUGUACAUUGCGUGUAUUAUCUCACUGUAUAGGCUCUCUGAGAGACUCGCCGGUGGCUGGUAAUAGAUACUGUAAUAUUCCAUUGAGAAAGGAGAGCGCAAACUCCUUAGCGUUUAAGUUUAGUUUCUGGGUCUUCUCAGCUGUCGGCCCAUUCUUCUCUUUUUAUCAAAGCGUGUCUUCAAACCAUGGCGAAGCUACUAACCAGUGACUGUUAGGCAUCUGUUCACUGCAACUUGCCUUCUGCGUAUUGGUACCUGCUUCAGGCUCUUUAGAUUUCUUCCUAUUUAUAUUCAAACCGUUUGCAUGAAUCUGGAAUAUUUUCAUAUGUCUUUUACAUCUACUUAUUUUCUUGUAAUUUCAUGUUGAUUUAUUUAUUCACUAGUGUAGACGACCCCUCACCCACACAGCCUCUAAACCACUGGGGCUUGUUUCACAGACAUUUGUCACAGUUGCUCAAAGUUCCUUUUUAACAUGAGACAAUCUUAUGUCAGCGAAACAGGCCCCACAUCUCCUUUGUGAACUCACAGCUUUAAGAAGUGUUAUUAACGUCAGCUCUUCUCUGACCAUCUCAUUUCGAUCCUACGUUCCACAUUCACCAACGAGUAGCAUCCUUCUGUUUUCUUGUUUGGGUUCCUUAAAUCGUUUUCUUGCCAUUUUUUGCCACGACAUCUGUGGUCGAAUUAAGCUACACUAAUAACCAGACUGACUUUUGCAUAGUUCUAUUUUUUACACAAUACAAAAAUACAUUAUCUUGAUUCGCGGGAGGGGACUUUUCUUGUGUUGUUUCAAUUUCUCUCUCAUUACCCCCCUUACCCCUCUACACAAGGCUGCACUCUCUGGUCAGUAUGUAAAUAAUGUACCAUCAUGACUGAGCCGGUCAUAUUGUAUGUAGUUCCACUCAGCGAGACAGCAACUCUUUCAACACAUGCUGAUUGACGUGCGUUAUAGGCCACGUUGGCCAUCGACCACCACAUCCGGAGGCUAAGAUAAUACGUAAAGGGAGCCGUGCGCUCUCUCCCCCCUCAAUGUGAAUUCUAUGGGUAUACAGCAGUAUUGUAGUAGUGUAGUUCAUCAGGAAGGUGUUUCAUGAACACUGUAGCCGUCGCUGAAUGCUAACAUUAAGUGAUCGUCCGUGGAAAUGUCUUAAACCAUCUUCCAUGACGCCCAACUACAGAAUAGUAACUAGAGGUUUUGAUAGACCCUUGAUGUAGAUGUUUUGAAUCUGCCCUCCCCCCCACCCUCCGUAAUCAAGAAGUGUGUCACUUUAUAGCUCGUGGAUUGUACCACAUUCAAUGUUUGUUUUACGGAGUCACAUUGGUAGAGUGCGAUGUGGACUGAAAAGCAUGGAAAUAGUGUGAGGUCAAACUGUGUAAAACAUGUGACUGUUGCAUGAUUUUGAACUCGCAAGGAGUGCCAGGGCAACAGCUGGGGAAGCUGAGGAGGGUUUACUCACUUAGGUCCAGAAAUUUAAAAACCAGUGCAAGAAUUAUUUAUUAAAUCCCCCCCUAGUAAAAUGAUUAGUACAAAUGUUAUCAGUUUUCAAAGCUUUUCUGAUUCUUAAGUUAAGUGGUCAGUAUAUAACCAGUAUAUGACUGACCUUUUCAACUGGAAACUUAGCGUAGGAUAUGAGAUGUGGUGUAGUUUGAACCCAGUGGGAUAAUGUGUUGUAAGCUGCUUGGUCGGACAUGGGCAUCUAGAUACAGAAAACUGCGUAAUUGUACAGAUGAAAACACGUUUGUAUAAAAAAACAUAUUUUUCUACUUCAUCAGAUCUCUACAUGCAUGUCAGCAAUAAACUUUGAUAUGGAAACAUUCAA